AUAAAUCAUCGGUUCCCAAACUUUUUUUCCGUAUUUUAUUGUUUUGUUUUUGUAUUUAUGUUUACAUCCGGCAAUACGUUGACAGCUUGACGAUAUUGUGUCAGAGGAAGCUCGUAAAGCGAAUAAAUAACGAAAAUGUCGAUUAUGACCAAAUUGGUGAAAAGAAAAGAGUCUCGACUACCACUGGAAGUUUCUUUUAAAGAUAUGCGUUCUAAAAUUUACCCUCCAGAUAAUCCCGAAGCUAUUCCAUUCAAAGAAUUCAUAGAUGUCGAAGUUAAUGCGGAAAAAUGGGACGUACCGGUGAUAUCGUCGCAGGAAUAUAACACCGAGAAAAAAUCAUCGACGACGACCUUCGAACCGUUCCAAGACCCCUACGAGGUACGUUUACCCCCAAGUCUACUCGGAGUCCAAUGGAAAAAAAUCCACGACAUUUUUCCCGAUGCUGAAUUCGUUAUUAAGAAUGAAACAACCCAUUGUCCAGAUGUAAAAACGUCCAGCAAACAUUUACUGCAUUCCCAAUUCGUCAGAAGUUUUAUAUCCAGCGUCGAAAUUUUGUACCAUAUCGGCAACAGCAAAAAAUUUCAAUUGGAACACACCUCGAUGAAUUUCAACCCGAUUUUCGAGAAGGAUUCCUGGCGACCUUGGCACCACGUUUAUUGUAACAACAAAUCGGGAAAGAAUUUUUACCACAAUCCCACAACAAAUCGAACAGGAAAAUAUAUAGUACGUUUAUUUUGGUUGGGCUCUUGGAAGGUAAUAUACGUCAGCGAUUAUCUACCAGUCAACGAAAUUGAUGAAAUAUUAUUACCUUCAUGUAUAAUACCCCCUCCGCCGAUAGAUACGUCACAUGUCAAAUCAACCGAAGCAAUUAUAAAAGAGAAGAAGAAAGAUUCCGAUAGAAGCAAAGGAAAAAUUAAAAAAGACAAAACAGGCAAACGAACUAUCGAAUUAUGGCCGUUUUUACUAUCUAAAGCCCUGAUGUUACUAGCCAGUUUAACUUGGACGGAACAAAACGAACUUGUCGAUUUCGACAUCAUCCAAUGUUUGACCGGUUGGAUACCGCAAAAAAUAUACUUGAGAACAUUAGAUUAUUACGCAAUUUGGGAAAUUUGUAUGGAUCACACGACUCAGUAUUCUUGGCCUGAAGCGACCGGUUCCCAAAAAACCGAAAAGAAAAAUAAAAGCGACAAAAGUAGCAGAAGCGACAAAACGGACAAAAGCAGUAAAAGCGGAAAAACUAAUAAAAGCGACAAGGUGAAAAAAACCGAUAAAAGCGAGAAAAUUAAAUACGGAAAAACGUUAAAAAAACCAAAUUUCCAAAAAAGACCCAAACCCAUAGACAAAGAAGUUAAUAAGGACGAUUUUAUAUUAACCAUCGGUAUGGAAUUUUCAAAUAGCGAAUCGAUUAUUUGGAAUCACGCGUUUCUGGUUACCCAAACAAGAAUCGUACCAUUAUUGAAACCGUCGACGAACGAAGAUUUCGAUCCGUGGAAACGAUACAGAUGGAUAGAUUGGGCCAUAGAUAAUAAAUUGAUAAAUCCGAGAGCCCCGCCGAAUCCGAUCAAGAGUUUCCAGAUCGUGGAUCCUUUCAAAGACAAAUAUUCCUUCAUGGUAUCCGGAAAAUCGGAUAACGACGAUACGAAAAUCGAUUUGCCGAAAACAAGGAAAGCCAAAGAGAAAAAAGGGAAAUUGCUGGUGGCUUUCGAAGACGCUACUUCCUGGUUGGACUACGACGACGUUUAUAAAUGUUUGAAUUAUAUUGUGAUCUAUCGCAGAGGUUCUACGUAUAAAGUGAAAGCUAGAAUAUCGAAUUUGACUAGCGAAAACAUAAGAAAGGAAGUUAAAUAUCCUUUCGGCGUUAGAUUGGAACAAUUGCACGGGUUGGAAUGGAAGGAGAUCAUUCGUCCUGAUCGAUUGGAAGAAUAUAGAAACGAACCGGUUUAUCUUUUUUGCGAUUCGUUGUUUAAACAAACCGUCGUUGUCAAUUUGAGUCAAACCGGUUACCUCGAUUUACUCAUCGAAGAAACAGACGUCGAAGAAACGCAAAUAAAAGAAGAAACCUCCGAAUGCGGCGUCUGCACGACGACAUUCCUCGAAAGAAUCAAAAAGAAAUUCGAACAACAAGAAACGAAUCGAGAAAAAGGCGUUCGUUAUAAAAAAGUGGCGGCCCAUACUCCGCAUCAUAUUCCGGAAGCUUCGGUGAUUUUUUCCAAAUUCAAAUGGUACAACGAAUACGUCGACGAUUUCGUCAUCGGUUUCUCGACAAGGGGAUCCACCAGUUUGGUUUUGAAUUUGAAACCCGGCAGACACGUCAUGAAUAUUUGGAUUCAAACCGAAGGUCCUUAUUGCGUCCAAUUUUAUUCGAACACUUCGUUGUGUAUCGGAAAUUUGGAGGAAAUAUUGACCCUGAUGUCUAACGAUUCCUUACGAUUUCGCAACGCCUAUUUGGAUUUGGUGGAGGCAUUUCAAUAUCUGAUAUGUUCUUUCGGAACGACAGAUUAUCUAAACGCUCUAAGGGGAUUCUACAAAAGUUUCAAACCUCCCCGUCCUUUACCAACCAAGGUCCUAUCGUAUCUGAACGAGGCUUUCGAAACGGAAAUAUUCGCUUUCCUCUCGGAAACAUUGAACGACGACGUUUCGCGAGCCGUCAAGAUCCUGCUAAUGAAAUGGCAGGUCGCGCACAAACCCAGAUCCUACCACCAAGACGAUUCAACUUUCUGUUAUGGAUACGACGAAGGAGACGAAAAAUUCGUUAGGAUCAUGCAGGAUAAAGCCGCCAGGAUACAGGCGUUCUUCAGGGGGGUUUACGAAAGGAUAUUGAUGGGUUAUCACGAUCCGAAAACGUCGAAGCACGCCGCCACCGCCGAAGUACUUUACGAAAUUUUCGAAACUUGCCAAGACAACGAUUACGCCUUAGGGGCGCUGAUACUGAGAAGAUUCAUCGAAAGUAUCGCGAUGGUCCAUUUGGUCGAUGAAUAUCCCUGGUAUCCGGAUAUGUUCCAGCAAAUUUGGACGUCGCAAUUUCGUAAUACCAUCGAUAUACCAAAACCCGGUUGGGUGGUUUUAUUGCGACAAGUUUUUUUCGUUCGACCCGGUCCUGAUAUAUGCUUGAGGAUUCAUCUAUUUUGCGACAUCGAUAAUUACGUGGUGAGAGUUUUCGAUAACGAUACGUGUAAAGAAAUGCCUUUUCGUAUUAAUAAUGUAUCGGUGAACGAAUAUUCGUACAAUUGUAACGGUUACACUUUGAUAGCUUACGGUUGGAUCGAAAAUACUGAUUCUGUGAGCUACAAGCUCAUGUAUAUUUCGGAACAAGAAUAUUUACAAGAUUUACUCCAAUUUCCCAACAUGGAACCCAAAGAAUUGGAAAUUACCGAUUAUUACAUACCAAAUUUGAAUAAUACAAUCCAAAGAUACGUUUUGAAUAUCAGAUCAGAUUUGCCAAUAUUGACUAUUUAUUUGGAAACUAGUUAUCCCAAAGUGAAAAUCAAAGUGCAAAUAUACCCUCUGGAUGAUCCGGAGAAUAUUAUAAUGGACACAACCGGCGAGGGGUCGAUUAUAAUUCCGUGUUUAGUUUUACACGAUGAAAAAGAAUUGAUUUACCCGAAUCGAAAUAAAUCUAUGAGAAUUGAAUCCCAAAAGUCGGUCGACGAUGUUAUUUCAAUAAAGAAAUCACUAAAAAGAAAUAACAGUAUCAGCAGUAAACAACCGGGUAGUCGUCAUUCAAGGAUGAAACAUCAUUCGAGUUCAUUCAAGUUGUCAUCUUGUGGAGUUUCGAAAAGAAUCGCGUCCCUUCUUCUAGCAGACGCAGAUCCGGAAAAAUAUGUCAUAGACAUAACAGUCCUCGACGAUUCUUGGCCAUUAACACAAGAAGAAUGGAAUAUUAGCGACGAGGAAAGGGAAAAAAGAUUAAAAGUUGGACCUUUCGUCGAAAAAAAACCGUCCGAAGAUAUAUUGGAGGAAAUUGAAUCUUCCAGAUCAUCGACUAAAAUAUUAGAACCCGUAGAACGCAACCAAUCAGAAUUUAGUAUAAAGAACGGACCUUUUUCCACCAUAAAACUAUAUUUUACCCAAUCGGACGAAGUUACUUUGACCAGAUGGACUCAAAAAGAAGAUAUUAUCAAAGAAUUAAAAACGUCGUGGUAUCAAGAAAACCCCGAACGAUACGAAACCGCGAAAAUUUUAAGGCAGGAUUUUCUCGAAAACAAUCAAAUACCGAACGUCAAUCGAUGGAUAGACACCGAAGCGAGAAGUUUACUACCGGAAGUAUUCAAAACGGAAAUAAUACCUCCGUUAGAUUACACCCCUUACCUUACGAAACCCCUAGAAGAAAUAACAACCAGGACGGUUAAAACUGCAGAUGAUAUUGAUAAAGAUGUGGAAGAUGUUACGAGACAAGUUUCCGAGUACGAAAGUGAUUUGGCGAACGAAGAAAACGGCAUAAAGGAAUUCGUGAAAAACGGAACGGACGAUUUGGAAUGUUUCGACGAUUGGUUCGAAGAUAUCAAAAUCGAGUCCAAAUGGAUUAUGGAGAAAGUGGACGUUGCGAGACAAAAAUAUCUGGACGAAAUAAGGCGAUUGAUCAAUCCGAAAAAGCAGAAAAAGGGCGAGCAGAAAAAAAAGAAAAAAUAAUUAGUUUUAUUCGAUGUAAUGAUUAUUUUAUGGUUUUUAUUUUAUUGUUAGUCGAAUUUUGUCGAAAUAUCGAAUUUUGAGAUGCGUAACCUCGAAAAGAUGGCGUCGAUUCAAUUAUACAGGGUGAUGUAUCAAUAAAUUUUUUGAUUUAUCGAUUUGGUGCAUUUUUUUAGUGAUUUUUGAGGUUUUUUCGACUACGGAAAUGAAAAUUUGUUAAAAAAAACGUUUGUGUCCAUAAUCCUCGAUA